UGACUUUGGGUGCUGAAUGUACGCAGCUUGUACUUUCUUCCUGUGGCCGUGUGGGGUUUCUCUGGGUUCUCCGGCUUCCUCCCACACUACAGCGUUGAAAAUCUGUGCAACUCAUCAAUGAGCAGAUGCUGAAUCAUUAGAGAUACUUGAUUAACCAAACCUGAUCACUGACCCUGACCCUGUCGAGUGCUCAGCAAAAGCUGUCAUUUCAAAAGGUCCAUUUGAGGUCAGGAAGGGAGUGAACGUGCAGUAUGUGACCUCUGUGAUAGUGUGAAUUCAUCAGAUAUGUGUGUAUCUGUUUGUGCAUGUGUGUGUGUCUAUGUGUGUUUGUGUGCCCGUGUGGGGUGUCCUUGUGUGGCUGUGUGUGUGUAUGCGUGUAUCUGCAUGCCGCAAGUCUGUGUGUGUGCGUGUGAGUGUGUGUGUAUGCGUGUGCCUAUGUGCAUGUGUGUGACUGCAUGUAGCAAUUCUGUAACUGCCCCACAUCGGCAGUUAGUUAAAUUCUGAACCUCACGGUUUUUGGUUCCUACUUGAAAUAGUAGUGUUCCUAAGGGGGGAACUAAUUGCCGACUUAGUUUCCAGGGGGGCACGGUUGUGGGCGCACACAGAAGCCAUGACUAAGAAGAAACCAAGAAAUACUUCUUAAGUAGUAAGCAGUGGACGAGUCCAUCAGUUUAUUUCACGAAGCAGAUAACAGAUUACCUUGAACUCUUGCUGAGACCAGAAGUUGUUUUUAAAAAUGGACAAAUUUUUUAAGCAAGCGGGCAAAGAACUGGAGAAAGUUGCAAGAGAAAACAAGGGUCGUUUACGCAGUAUUGUUAAUCAUAGCAAGCUGACAGAAAGCGUUGGAAACAUAUUGGAGAUAGCCAGAAAAGAACCAACAGAAAUCGACAAAGCAAUCAGUGAUGUGAAAGAACAUUCAGAUAUUGCCAAACCACUGAGUGAUGCCAAUGACAUGUUUGAGUCAAAAAGUUUAAAUAGAAAACUGGAGAUAAUCGGAAAGAAAUAUAUAGUAGACAUGGUUAGAGGGGCUUUGGAUAAAUCAACAAAGACCAAUUGUGCUGACGGGGUUAGUCAGCAGGUUGGUGAAUCACCAGACACAGGCCAAGGUGAACCUAUCGCAACCAACACACUGCCUGAAGCUGGAAACGCAGGAGAGAUGGAUGAACUGAAAGGGAAGCUUCACAGCCUAUUUCAGCAGGGGAGGGUGCCAUUCGAUGUCAGGACGCUGGCCGUCUGUGGCUACAGGAGUGCAGGGAAAACCACCCUGCUCCGCAGGUUGCUGAAUGAACCAUUUCGGGAGGAUGAGCCCAUUACAGACGGAAUACGGAUCGGACAGAUUGAUGUCCAAAACUGGAAAGAAAAGAUAGAUAAUCCAAGUGAUGAUCUGACAACCGCGAUUGCAACCUGUGUUUUAAACACCAACAAACAAUCUCUCAAUGGAACAAAUACAGAUCAAAGCACCACUCCCUCAAAUGAAGAGCCGAAGACCAUCGGUGAAGAUGUCGUAUUGAGUGAAUCUUUCGCCAAUGAGAUCCUGAUGAAGAUGAAAGGCUCCAGUGAAGACACAGAAGGUUUCUCCGUGUUCAGAUACUAUGACUUUGGAGGCCAUGUUGAAUAUCAACAGAUGCACAUGCCAUUUCUACCACACAAUGCUGUCUACAUACUGGUUGUCAACCUAAACUUGGCGAUGAAUGACUCAUUGCCGGCAAAGGAAAGACCACUUCGAGGACAGAAAGUAAUGGACACCUGUGGAUAUACCGUGAAAGAUUAUCUGGACUACUGGAUUGGGUGCAUUUCCUCACUCUCUAAAGGUCAGAAGACCACCUACCGUGUAAUGCUGGUUGGGACUUUUGCCAAAAGCUGCAGCAACGCUGAUGAGGCUUUGAGCAAUAUUUACAGUUACCUGCAAGAGAAUCUCCCACCUGCCGCACUUUAUGCUGAGAAAUUUGCUGUUGACAACUCAGUUGAUAGUGAUGAGGGAACAGGAUACACCGAGCUGCGUUCUGCCGUGGACAAGCUCUCCAUGCAAGUUGCGUUUGAAGACAAUGUUGUUGUGGGUCAUGCCAAACUGUACUAUCACAUCCUGCAGAGUACGGAAAAGUACCUGCUGUGUACGGAGAAGUACUUGCCAUGGUAUGAGAUCAUGGGCACGUCGCAAGGUUCAGAGGGGAGCGACACUGACAGGAAACUCCAAGUGCAGGCUGCACUCCAGGUUUUAAACUGCAUGAAGUUUGCCUACUUUUCUGACCCAAUCUUGAUUUUGGAUCCUCAGUGGCUCAUUGACCUCAUGGCCGCUCUGAUCCCAAUCAGUUGCGCACAACCAUUAAAGAUCCAAAUGGCACCCUUUCCCAUCCAACAUCAGUGGAUGAAACUGGUCAAUACCGGACAAUUUUCAGAAAGCCUGCUGGAAUAUAUUUGGCCCAGUGAAAUAUUGAAACUCAAGGACGAGCUGCUUGAUAUUAUGAAGAACCUGAAUCUGGUGGUGUUGGCUGAUCCCGUGUCCAACUGUUACCACCUGUGGUUCAAGCGGAAACAGAGGGAGGUCUUCUUGGGUCUCCAUGAAAACCAAGCCAUGGCUGCCUUCCGCAAAGACAUUUUUACAGAACUGAUACCACUGUUCCUGAAGGAAUGGCCCUACAUCGAAACCCUGGACACCACAUUUGUUCGACUCCAAAGGAAAAAGAAUACUGAUUACAAAGUACAUCUGGAAUUAAAGAACGAUCGGGUGCUGCUCGUGAAUAACAACGAGUUUGAACACGACGACUUUGUGUACAAAGUUGGUUCUAUUGUGAAGAGUAUGCAGAAGGACUAUCCCACCAUUUGUCUGUUUGUGGACGGAAAGCCCUAUAAAGCCGUUGAACUGUUCCUUCAGAUCAGAAAUAACAUAAAACAAAAAACAGAGAUGGUGUGUGUGGUUAAAAUCUUUCUGGAAGACCAGCCUGAAAAACAAAAGGAUAUUUUCUUCAGAGAUCAAUCAAUUGACAUCAGAUUUGACACAGCCACGGAACAUAUGGUGGAAAAGAUUGAAGAAAGAAUGCUGAUAAAAACUCUCGCAGAAUUCAACUGGUUCCAUGGGCCGACUGCGGAAGAAAUCUGUAAGAAAAGGCUUGAAUUUCUAUCAGCGGCACGUUGCUUUGCUAAAGGGAAGCAGCUGGGGAACGAGCUUUGUGAACUGCUGAGGAAGUUACACAGCAAUGACGUUGAGGCCAGAACAGUUGGCGAGAAGGUGGGAGAGAUCCUGCAGUGCUGCGUCAUCCAGUGCAUGUUAGACACGGCAGCCCAGCCCAUCGACCACAGGGACAUCCAAACUCUGGACACUUACCAACUGUUUCAGCAAGCUCAGCCCACUGUCCCAGAAAGUGCCAUACGUGACGUUCAGAAUCUUCAACGCCUGUCUGAUGGCUCCACCAUGUCCGAGGAUUUAAUAGAGAAAUUCACAAUUAGCAUUCACCGUCUCUUCUGGAUCGUCAUGCUGGUCUUUGUCAAGUGCAUCGAUGAAAAAACCUCCCAGGAAAAGUCCUUGGAGGAGAGAAUUAGUAACGUGUACUUUAAGACAUACCACCAGUUUAUCGAACAAGAGAAGGCGCUAGAUGCGCUGAGGAAUGAGGUUCACAAUUUGACCACAGCAAUUAACUCAACCUCGAAAAACAAAUCGUGCAGAGAUUGGUUGCACAAAAACUUCAGCAAAUUUGUCCAGACAAUGGGAGAAGGCGUUCACAACCCUGUAGUGGAUAAGCUUUAUGAGAAGCAUCUGAAUGAAGAGGAGGUGAACAAUAUCUCAUCUAGGAGGACCAGCCAAGAGAAGAAUCGUGAAUUACUGAGAGUCAUGCUUGACAAAGGAGAAGAUACUUGCAGAAUGUUCCUUCGCUUCUUCUGUUCCGAGGAUCCUUCCAACGAAAUAACUAGAAAGAUACAAACUGAAGUGAAUCUUGAACAUUCUGCAGAAGAAAUGGAUAAUGCAUAUUAUGCCAUGAGCAGUUGGAAUACAGAUUUGGCAUUCUGAGGCAAGGCUCUCGCUUAACCUUUCCCCCUGUUGCCAGCCGGGCAACCUCGGCAGCUUUUUAAGUUGCCAAAUGAGAGUUUAGGUGGUCAUUUAAGACGGCUUGCAUGAUGCGUGCGAUAAUGUGCUCGGACGAAGUGCGUAGUUACCAGUCAAAAUUAUGGUCAAUGAAGCAUUCACAUAUUAUUUCUGCUUCAAAUAAAGUCACAAACUAAACAUAUUCACCAAUCAAGACAUGAUACAUACCACAAUGACAUGUAGCAAAAUUACAAUACAGUAUCUCAUCUCCUUUUACACGUUGCAAUGAAUGCAAUUUCUAUUAUUUCUUUCCACUUCCAAACAAAAUUCUGGUUGGAUUAUUCAGCGUAUGAUUAACCUCAGUGAGACCAAGUGCAGGCUUGGCGAUCGCUUUGCACAACACCUACACUCAGUUUACAAUAACCAACCUGAUCUCCCGGUGGCUCAGCACUUCAACUCCCCCUCCCAUUCUGAAUCUGACCUUCCUGUCCUGGGCCUCCUCCAUGACCAGAGUGAGGCCCACCGUAAAUUGGAGGAACAGCACCUCAUAUUUUGCUUGGGUAGUUUACACCCCAGCGGUAUUGGCUUCUCCUAUUUCUGAUAGUCCUUGCUUUCUCCCUCCUUCCCCUCCCAUUCCCAGCUCUCCCACAGCCUACUGUCUCCGCC